UCGUCAUGUUUUUCUAGAUCAUGAUGAAGGCGACUUCGUCCUAUCCCUUCAAGAUUGAAUCAGUGCUAGGCAAGAAAACAGCUGAUAAUGACGUUUAUUAUUUGAUACGUUGGGCUGGCUGUGGAAACAUUGACAAUUCGUGGGAGUCCAAAUCAUCGUUGGACGUGAUAGACUCUGAAACAAAACGGAUCGAAGAUUACGAGCGUUCAAUUGCCUUGGGUCAGAAGCGUGUUUUUGAAAUCAAUGAGCUGAGCAGUUCCGUUGAAGAGCACGAUGCCGCGUUGGCGAAUGCCCUGCGAAUUCAUCGUAGUUGGUGUGAAACGAGAGCUCAUAAGCAUGUCCCUGCAAAUGUUCAAGAAUCCAAUUCUGUGAGUGUGAUCCAACGCAGUCAGAAUACCCCUGAAAGUAUACUUGGUGUGAAGCCACAUGAAAUACCUGGAGGAGUAAAGUAUUUGGUCAAAUGGAAGGGUUUGUAUUCCUCCGACUUCCUUCCUAGUGACAUCGUCCGGACGGAGAUGCCUGAGCUUGCCAUAAAGUUUUUUGAAGAAAGGCUAGGCAUUGAGCGAAGGAAAACUUCAAAGCGUGUCGAAAAAUUGAGAAAAGCCGAAGAACCUCAUUCCAAAAAAUCACGUUCGGAACCCAGAGAUUUUGUCGUCCUGAAAAUUUUGGAUUGCCGAACCCGAAAUGACAAGAAAGAGUACUACCUAUCAUGGAAAGGAUAUUCGUCUGAUGCAAAUUCCUGGGAACCGGAAGAAAACCUGAACUGCCCGGAAUUGAUCGCUGCGUUUGAAGCCUCCCGAACCGCUGAUACCUCAUCACAGAAAAAUCUAAAUUUUCAAGGAAUCGGUUUCCAAAAGGGAAAUACGCCUGUCAAAAUUCUAUCAGCUACUCGAGUAGGAUAUGAUGUCAAAUAUCUCAUGCAGUGGGAGGAGAACGACGCCCCGGAACUUGUCCUGGCGGAGGAAUGCAACAAACUCUGCCCCGGGCUAGUUGUGGAUUUCUAUGAACGAAGCCUGUGUUCGACGAUCUUAACCAGACGGAUACACACAACACUACCGAACCUUAACAAAAAACGGGAUUAUUACGAAAUCCUUGGCGUUGCUCGAAAUGCCUCCACUAAAGAAGUGAAAAAAGCCUACUAUCAGCUGGCCAAGCGUUAUCACCCCGACACAAACAAGGAUCCUUCGUCUGCCAAAAAAUUUCAAGAAGUUUCAGAGGCGUAUGAAGUGCUCAGUGAUGACACGAAACGGAAGGAGUACGACUCGUGGGGUUCCACGAGGGAACAGAUGAACAACUUCGGCGGCGGGGGAGGAAGUAAUGCGCAGGGAUUCGGCAAUUGGGAAUUCCGCACUUCAGUGGAUCCGGAAGAGCUUUUCCGGAGAAUUUUCGGCGAUGCGGCGUUCAAAGGUUUCAGGUCUGAUGACAUGGAUUUUGCCGAGUCAAAUUUUGGCUUUGGUUCUGCUCAAGAGGUGAUCGUUCACCUAACCUUCCAACAAGCUGCACGAGGUGUGAACAAGGAUGUGACGGUAAACGUCGUUGACACGUGUCCGAAAUGCCAAGGAUCUCGCUGUGAACCUGGGACUAAAGCCGUGCGAUGUCCCAACUGCAACGGUACUGGAAUGGAAACUGUAUCAACUGGUCCUUUUGUGAUGAGGAGCACGUGUCGUCAGUGUUUGGGCACGCGUCUUUACAUAAAGUUCCCAUGCUUGGAGUGCGAAGCGAAAGGUUCCACGGUGCAGAAGCGAGUCGUCACUGUACCUGUGCCCGCGGGUGUAGAGGACGGGCAAACUGUCCGAAUGCCGGUUGGCAAGAAGGAGGUGUUCAUCACAUUCCGGGUUGCCAAAUCGGAUUACUUCCGGAGAGACGGUGCCGACGUGCACACUGACGCCACCAUCAGUAUAGCGCAGGCUGUUCUUGGUGGAACAAUUCGAAUAGAGGGUAUCUAUGAAGAUCUUGUGUUGAACAUUGUUCCGGGAACUUCGUCACAUGCCAGGAUGAGAGUGACUGGGAAGGGCAUAAAACGGAUCAACACCCACGGUUAUGGUGACCACUAUGUGCAUAUCAAAGUGGAAAUACCGAAAACCGUGACAGCUGAGCAGAAGUCUUUGUUCCUUGCUUAUGCCGAGUUGGAGCAGAGCACUCCUGGUACCAUUAAUGGAAUAACAAAGCAGGGAAAAGGUGGGGAGAAAACGUACGCGAGUCAACGUUCGAAUGACGACGAUCAGAGUUCCAGUUCUGAUGGCAUUUUGAGUCAUAAGAAAAUUGCUGUGGAUGGAGAUGACCGCUCGAAACUCCUUCGUGCCGUUCUCAAGGGCAACUGGGAUGAGGCGGAAAAAAUGCUGGAUCAAAUUCAGCAAAGUGACAAACGUGGUCAAGACCAUUCUAGUUGAAAAAAGGAAAUGCUUUUGUUCAUGAAAUCUGCGUGGUUUUUGAAGCAUGAUAGAAUGAAUAAAAGUCAUGAUGUUACAAAUAACUGAAAA